GUCCUCCUUGUUCGCUCUUGCGAAGGCAGCUAUCCCUGUGUCGGCAGCGUCCGCGGAGCGAGGAGGUGCUGCGUCUCGACGUCAGCGAGACGGCUUCGAGGGGAGAGACGAGCUACCGGGAUCACGCGUGCCGGACUUCUUUCGUCUAAUUGUCGAUAAGUACGCCGACAGCUACCACGACUUAGCCUCUGAUGCUGUGGGAGGCCGAAACUACGAGAGCCUGCGGCACGAUGAUGUAUUUCUGGACAGUCUCGCAGAGCGGAUCGCGACUAAGCUGUUCUUCGAGAAGAUCAACCAUGAACAUCAAGGG